CGUGGCUGUGAAUUUGGUAGGGCCCUACCUAUCGCUCAGGCAAGUUGGUGGUUAGACAUCUGCCAGCGAUUCUGUCCCCAAAUACCCCAGCCCGGGAUCAGUUCAGCGCUCCUGCGGUCACCUGGUACCGCUAUGUCCCAGCUCUCUCUUGAGCAAGCUAUUCCCAGCUCCCCAAACCUCGGGUAAUGGCCGGGCCGUUUUCUCUAUGCUGAGGGCCACGGGCCUACUUUACUCAUGCUAACUUGCUUAAGCCAGUGUCUUACAGGACACAGGCCUGUGGUUCCUUGUGUUACUGCUGAGCUAAAUCAAAGGCUCCAUGGGCUACAGUGGGUGGUGGUCCAGGGCGCGGGGCCCUGCCCGGCUGCCUGCGCCAUCGCUCAGCUGGCAUGGGAGGGGCUGCCUUCCGGCAAUGGCACAGGGGCGUGGGGGUCUCCGGGCAGCAGCCGCCUCUCUCACCACUAACCCCUCACCCCCAGCCUCAGCCCCUACAGCCAUGAUAGGGACAGCCUGUCCAGCAGCCAGGACCACAUCCCACUUGCUGCCCUGCCCCUUCUGGCCACGUCCUCCGGGAGCUACCAGCAUGCCGUGGCCACCACCAUCGCCCGUGCCAACCAGGCCCACAGCGCCUUCCUGCACUCCACUGAGGGCUCCGGCUUCUGCGGCCAGGUGGUGCUGAUUGGUGACUGCGUGGGGGGCAUCCUGGGUUUCGAUGCCCUGUGCCAGAGCCGGGCGGGCACUGCGGGGAGCUGGAGCAGCAGCCGCCGGGGCAGCCUGAACAUGGAGCCGAUCUCCCCGGAGCUGGGCAGCAGGAAAGACCCGCUGGCCGAGGGGGCAGGGGGGACGGGCCGGGCCAGCCCCGAGCCCGGGGUUCUCCUGCCCCCCCAGGAGCAGAGCGACGUGGACUCUGUGCACCAGCAGCACAAUUUCCUGUGCAGCCUGCAGGCCAGCGUCCCCCAGGGGGAUGUGGAGCUGCGGCGCAGCAGCUACUCCUCGGGCUCAGCGCUGGACGGGGGCGAGGGCGCGGCCGCCCGCCUCGACUUCAAGGUGUCCGGCUUCUUCCUGUUCGGCUCGCCGCUGGGGCUGGUGCUAGCGCUGCGCAAGACGGUUAUGCCAGCCUUGGAUG